UCACGCGUAACCAACCAAUCAUCUUACGGCGGUUCUCCUCCUAUAUAUAUAUAUAUAUAUACAAGCAGACCAACUCAUAUUUCAACAAUAUCGAUCAUAGAACUUGUUUUUAUCUUUUGAAGCAUAUUUGUCUACUCUCUUUUCGCCUUCUGAUCAAGCCCAACAACACUGUCAUGGCAGAUAAACAAGGCCUGAAUGGCGCCUAUUAUGGUCCAAAAAUCCCACCUACACAACGGUACCACCGCCCUGGCCGUGGUUCUGACUGUGGCUGCUGCUGUCUCGUGACCCUCCUCCUCAAAGUGAUCAUCACCGUGCUCACGCUUAUUGGCCUCUUCGUUCUUAUUGUCUGGCUCAUAUUCCGUCCCAUUAACAAGGUCAAGUUUCAUGUCACGGACGUUGCUUUAACCGAGUUCAACUACACCAACAACACCAUGCUCCGCUACAACCUUGCUUUUAACGUCAGCAUCCGCAACCCCAACAAGAAGAUUGGAAUUUACUAUAACAGGGUAGAGGCCAAAGCCUUUUAUGAGGGCCAGAGGUUUGGUUAUAGUUCCUUGACUCCGUUCUAUCAAGGACACAAGAACACUACUGUCUUGAAUGUGGUUUUUACUGGUACACAACCUGUUACCCUUCAAGGUGAAGAUUUGACGCAAUUUAACAACGAAAAAGCAAGUGGGCUUUAUAGUAUUACCUUGGAGUUGUCUUUGAGGGUUAAGUUCAAGCUUGGUAAGGUCAAGACUGCAAGAUUCAAGCCCAAGGUUGAGUGUGAUGACUUGAAGAUUCGUUUGAACGGGCCUUCUGUUGCUGGGAGUAGCAACAAGUGCGAGAUCAAGUUCUGAUGAUUAUCAUGGUUUUGGGACUUCAUGUUCAUGUUUUAUUGAGUCUUCGAUUCGUUUUGUUUGGGAGUACUAUUUUUUCGUUUUUAUUUUUUCUUACCCUUACUAUGUUCUUAUGUUCAUACGCAUAGAGUCAUCAGAGACUAUAUUGGAUUACUUUUUUCAUUGAAUUACGUAUCUUAUGUUGAUGUAUAUGAUAAAUAAUGAAUAUAGUAUCUCUCUGUUUUCUUUUU